CACACCGCCUACGGACCGGACCGUUCGAAGAGGCGGCUUUCCGAUGGCAGGAAUGUCCCCCCAAAAGCCCCGGAGGUGAAUCAGCCGUGGCCUCCCUCUUGGCAGAAAAUCCCAUGGUUGCUCCAGGCUGGUGGAGUGCGAGCAGCGGCCCGGUCCCGGACUCUGAGCUGCCCGGGUGGCACAAGACAUGUCCAGGGUGCCCGUCUCGUCCCUCCUGCCGGGGGACCUCACGGGCUCCGGGCUCCGGCCCCCCAGUCCCCCAAACCCUCGGUCUCCCGGCCCCUCCGCCUUCUGCCUGCCAGACAGGCCGUAGACCCCUGCCCCUCCCGCCGCGGGGGCGGGGCCGAUAGCGUCACUUCCAGGCCCGCCCUCCAGCCCCGCCCCCCUGGUAUUUUCGGGACUUUCCUAAACUGCUCUAACUUUCUGCCCCUUCCCCAACCCGGCCCAGCUUCGCCGGAUCUCACUCGCCACACCCGGACUGGCGGCUGGAGGAGAUCGGACCCUCCCCCACAUCGCCCCCCCUCCUGCCCACCCCUGUCCUGCUCUGUCCCCAUCCCGUGCCGUUCCUCCUCACUAUAGGCCGGUGUCCUAAAACUCAAGUAGAACCGGGGCCGAAGCCACGACAGCCGGGCCUAACUCAGAGAUAUGGACAGUUGCUACGACCCAGGCCUGGAUGGCCUCACUGAAUAUGACGAUUUCAAAUUCAGCCCCUCCAUUGUGGAACCCAAGGAGCCAGCCCUAGAGACAGCUGAUGGCCCCUACCUGGUGAUUGUAGAGCAACCUAAACAGCGAGGCUUCCGAUUUCGGUAUGGUUGUGAAGGUCCCUCCCAUGGAGGCCUGCCGGGCGCCUCCAGUGAGAAGGGCCGGAAGACCUAUCCCACUGUUAAGAUCUGUAACUACGAGGGACCAGCCAAGAUUGAGGUGGACUUGGUGACACACAGUGACCCGCCGCGUGCUCACGCCCACAGCCUCGUGGGCAAGCAGUGCUCAGAGCUGGGGGUCUGCGCUGUGUCUGUGGGCCCCAAGGACAUGACUGCGCAGUUUAACAACCUGGGUGUCCUGCAUGUGACCAAGAAGAACAUGAUGGAGAUUAUGAUGCAGAAACUUCAGAGGCAGCGGCUCCGCUCCAGGCCCCAGGGCCUGACAGAGGCCGAGCGGCGGGAGCUGGAGCAGGAGGCCAAGGAGCUCAAAAAGGUGAUGGACCUCAGCAUCGUGCGGCUGCGCUUCUCGGCCUUCCUCCGGGCCAGCGACGGCUCCUUCUCUCUGCCCCUGAAGCCAGUUAUCUCCCAGCCCAUCCACGACAGCAAGUCUCCUGGGGCUUCCAACCUGAAGAUUUCUCGAAUGGACAAGACAGCAGGUUCAGUGCGGGGUGGAGAUGAAGUCUACCUGCUUUGUGACAAGGUGCAGAAAGAUGACAUUGAAGUUCGGUUCUAUGAGGAUGACGAGAAUGGGUGGCAGGCCUUUGGGGACUUCUCUCCCACGGACGUCCACAAGCAGUAUGCCAUCGUGUUCCGGACACCCCCCUACCACAAGAUGAAGAUCGAGCGGCCUGUGACAGUGUUCCUGCAGCUGAAGCGCAAGCGCGGAGGCGAUGUCUCAGACUCGAAGCAGUUCACCUACUACCCUUUGGUGGAAGACAAGGAGGAGGUGCAGCGGAAGCGGAGAAAGGCCUUGCCCACCUUGUCCCAGACCUUCGGGGGUGGCUCUCACAUGGGCGGCGGCGCUGGGGGCUCAGCCGGGGGCUACGGAGGAGCUGGCGGAGGAGGUGGCGGCCUUGGCUUCUUUCCCUCCUCCCUGGCCUACAGCCCCUAUGCGGCAGGCGCGGCCCCGACGGGAUGCUACCCCGGCGGCGGCGGCGCGCAGAUGGCAGACGCCGGGGACGUCGGGGCGGCCGCGAUCCAGCAGCAGGAGCCUCCUGCUGCACCGUCGCCCUCGCCCUCGGAGCGGGAUUACGGCGCGCGCCUGCUGGGCCUGGCGCGGCGCGAGGCGCGUGCACUGCUGGACUACGGCGUCACGGCCGAUCUGCGCACUCUACUCGCGGGACAGCGCCACCUGCUGACGGCGCGGGACGAGAACGGGGACACACCCCUGCAUCUGGCCAUCAUCCACGGGCAGACCGCAGUCAUUGAGCAGAUGGCGCACAUUAUCUACCAUGCGCAGCAUCUCGAGGUAGCCAACCUCACCAACCACCUGCACCAGACGCCCCUGCACCUGGCGGUGAUCACGGGACAGACCCGGGUGGUGAGCUUCUUGCUGCAGGUGGGGGCCGACCCAGCUCGCUUGGACCGGCAUGGAGACUCAGCUGUGCACCUGGCGCUGCGGGCAGGUGUGGGGGCCCCAGAUCUGCUGCGAGCACUGCUGCAGAGUGGGGCUCCAGCCAUGCCCCAGCUAUUGCACAUGCCGGACUUUGAGGGGCUCUACCCAGUGCACCUGGCAGUUCGCGCCCGAAGCCCUGAGUGCCUGGACCUGCUGGUGGACAGUGGCGCCGAAGUGGAAGCGGCAGAGCGGCAGGGUGGCCGAACAGCCCUGCAUCUAGCCACAGAGAUGGAGGAGCUGGGCUUGGUCACCCAUCUGGUCACCAAGCUGCAUGCCAACGUGAAUGCCCGAACCUUUGCUGGAAACACACCCCUCCACCUGGCAGCUGGAUUGGGCUCCCCGACUCUCACCCGCCUCCUCCUCAAGGCUGGUGCUGAUAUCCACGCAGAAAACGAGGAGCCCCUGUGCCCACUGCCCUCACCCCCCACCUCGGGGAGUGACUCGGACUCUGAGGGGCCUGAAAGGGACAGCAGAGGCAGCUUCCGGGGCCACACGCCACUUGACCUCACUCGAAGCACUAAGGUGAAGACCUUGCUGCUCAAUGCAGCGCAGAACUCCAUGGAGCCCCCGCUCACCCCACCCAGCCCUGCAGGACCAGGGCUGUCCCUGGGUGAGACGACUCUGCAGAACUUGGAGCACCUGCUAGAUGGACCAGAAGCCCAGGGCAGUUGGGCAGAGCUGGCUGAGCGGCUAGGGCUGCGCAGCCUGGUGGACACAUACCGGAAGACGCCCUCACCCAGCGGCAGCCUCCUGCGCAGCUACAAGCUGGCUGGCGGGGACCUGGCAGGUCUGCUGGACGCACUAUCUGACAUGGGUCUAGAUGAGGGGGUGAGACUGCUGAGAGGUCCUGAGACCCGAGACAAACUGCCCAGCACAGCUGAAGUGAAGGAAGACAGUGCCUAUGGAAGCCAGUCCGUGGAGCAGGAGGCAGAGACACUGGGCCCACUCCCAGAGCCCCCCGGAGGCUUCUGCCAUGGGCACCCCCAACCACAGGUGCACUGAACUGUGUCCCCUCAGCCCUCCUCCUGGACCUCUCUGUACAGCACCCUCACCCCCUCUGAGUUUUAUUUAACACCCAUUGCCCACAUCUCAUUGGGGGCAAAUAAAGGAUUCUUUUAAAGAG